GGUACGGGCAGCUUCGGCAAGCGCCGGAACAAGACGCACACGCUGUGCAUCCGCUGCGGCCGACGCAGCUUUCACCUGCAGAAGAGCACCUGCUCCUCCUGCGGCUACCCUGCCGCUCGCAUCCGCAAGUACAACUGGAGUGUGAAGGCUAUCAGGCGCAAGACCACUGGAACUGGAAGGAUGAGGUACAUGCGCCAUGUGCCUCGCAGGUUCAAGAGCAACUUCAGAGAAGGUACCGAGGCUGCCCCCAGGAAGGCAGCUGCCGCCAACUAGGUCUGAUUUUGCCAUCGGGAAUCCCGUGAAGUUAGAAUUUGAAGACUUUUACUUUGAUGAUUGUACCGUCUAAGCUAUUGUUGCUAUAGCAUUCAGUAUGGAUCUGAUAUGUUUUGUUGCAUGAUGUUGAAAUUUGACCUCUAAAUCUUGAGCAAGAGCAAAUUUGUGCGGAGUUUAUGUGCUA